UAUCGUAAAAGCCGAUAGAAAAAGAACAAUUAAUGGAUGAACGUAUCUCUAAGAGGUUUGUACCCGACUGAUUACCUCCUACUGUAGCCGCGAUCAGUUUUAUCCGCGCAAUAAUGUCAAAAUGUAAAUCGAUGCAUAGAUGUGGGAAGAUGAUUAACCUUGAUACGACGUACGGACUUGACGAGAAUCCCCCCAAUGAGUUUGUUGCCAAAAUGGUUAGUUAUAAUACUGGCGUGCUUCCGCUUUUGAGUCAUUCGAUCGAUUAAGCCAGAAGAUAUUUGGCCAGGUUCCUACGGUGUCUAAUCGAUAAGGCAUCGCAUUAUCUUUUUAUUUGAAUCAAUUGAUCAAUAUACUAUGUAACGCAGAAUACAUUUGCUUGUGAUCUGAAAUAUCCACUUACUAAAGAAAUAGUUGAAAUAUUCUUUACACAGUACAGCUACAAUUGAACGCAUCCUGGAAAACACUGUGGAACCCUUUCCUUCGUAUUCUAUAGAAACGACACUCGCCAGACUGAACUACUUCCAAAGGCUUUGUAUUUUACAAAAUGUAAGAAUAAUUCUACAAAUUCGCAAUUGAACCAUUCCCCUUAGAAUUUUCUUUACAACUUCGCAGCUGGCGUAGAACCGUAAGGGUGCUCGAUGACAUGUAGUUAAGCAAUUACAGUUCAAUAAAAUAUGAGUCGAAAAGCACGAUGCUAUGACAGAAAGAUACCGUUAAGAUCAACAGGCUGUUUCUCGAAAUGUUCGAGCAUUCUGUAAAAAUGAAGACGUCAAAGGACAAAGACUUCGCUUACGCAAUGACCCUAUUGAAGAUCCUGUCGUGGCCCGUGGGCACUUGGCCUCUUCAACACUACAAUGUAUUCUCCUUCGUGCGUUUCUUUUGUACAAUCUUCUUUCUGCUGUUAAUGCUGAUCACCAUACACGCGGAGUUAUAUUUGGAUCAUACCGAUGCCGACGAGAAUAUGAAUGCUUUAAUAUUAAUUAUUUGUGGCAUCCUAGCGCUGUCGAAAGUGACGUAUUUCCGCAUUCAUUCUACAAAAUUAAUUUUCAAUUUCCACUCGGCCGUGAAUGAUUACAACGAACUGAACGAUGGAAAGAAACGAAGAAUCAUGCGACACCACGCUUACAUGAGCAGAGUAACGUUUAUCAGUCUAAUGCUUGCUGCUAAUGUCUGCUCGUUGAUUCUUACUGCACAAUCUGUGCUAUCCAGAAACGAGGAUACGAUUAAUAUGACUUUAGCAGAAACAUUAAAAUAUCCUCUACCUUCAGAGAACAUUUUAACGCUGUUACAAUUGCCGGAAUAUCUGUACCUGCCAGUUUUCCUUACCGAGUACAUAAUCUUGUUGGUCAUCAGCGCGGGUAAUCUUGGCAGCGAUUUAUUGUUUUUUGGUAUCGUCUUUCACCUGUGUGGUCAAACAGAAAUACUGAAAAUGGAGUUUACCAAGAUGCUCGAUGAGAAUAAUAAAACUACGAAGCAAUUUCAUUCGUUGAUCAAAAGGCACGAUUACUUGUUAAAUCUGAGCGAGAUGCUGAACGAAACGAUCAGCUCUAUUUUGGUCGUACAACUAUUAUUCAGUUGCAUACUUAUUUGUGCGUGUGGAAAAGAAUAUCGUGAUGGUGACGAGAUCAACUACUACAAUGAGUAUCUUAAUGAUACAAUUGUUCGCGUAUAGUUACGUGAGUA